GGAUUUGAGAAAAGGCGGCUGUACAGAGAGUCCCAGGAUGCUGGCAACAAGCGGUCUGUUAGUUUGGAGAAGUGCUUGCUUACCUAUUCAUUUUCUGGGAAUCACCUUAUUAGUGGGGAAGUUGUAAGACUUCCUCCUUUCUCGGUGCCCUUGAACUUCAUCCCUACAACCCUGAAUUCGCAGCACCCUACAAACCCGGCUCCAGCCGGACUGCUCCAGAAAGCAGGCAUCACCUCCGCCCCCCACACCCCCCGAUUUGCUUCAGACUUGGGUCGGUCGGGGAACCAGAGCUCCGCCGUCCCCUAAACGCCAGCGGCCGUUUGAACCUGCUUGUCCCCCACCCCCGGCGGGCGGGGCGGGCUCACUCGCACUCCCUCCCGGCUCUGCCCGCCUGCUUCUCCCGCCCGGGACGCGCCUCCCUCCCGCAACCCAGUCCUGCGAGCCCCGCGUUUCCGCUGCCUCCUGCUCCCGCCUGGCCGGAUCGGAUCCGAGCCCGAGCAUGGAACCCGGACAGCCUCGGGAGGCCCGUGAACCCGGGCCAGGGGCAGAGACCGCCGCGACGCCGCGCUGGGAGGAUGCCAAGACUUUCUAUGACAAUCUCUCUCCCAAGAAGAAACCCAAAUCGCCAAAGCCUCAGAACGCGGUCACCAUUGCUGUGUCCUCCAGAGCCUUGUUCCGCAUGGACGAGGAGCAGAGGAUUUACACGGAGCAGGGUGUGGAGGAGUAUGUACGCUACCAGCUGGAGCAUGAGAAUGAGCCCUUCGGCCCUGGACCAGCCUUUCCCUUUGUGAAGGCCCUGGAGGCUGUGAACAAGCGGCUUCGGGAGCUGUAUCCCGAUAGCGAGGAUGUUUUUGACAUUGUCCUCAUGACUAACAAUCAUGCUCAAGUGGGAGUCCGUCUCAUCAACAGUAUCAACCACUAUGACCUGUUCAUUGAGCGAUUCUGCAUGACAGGUGGGAACAGCCCCAUCUGCUACCUCAAGGCCUAUCACACUAACCUCUACCUGUCAGCUGAUUCGGAGAAAGUGCGAGAAGCCAUUGAUGCAGGGAUUGCAGCUGCCACCAUCUUCAGCCCCAGCAGGGACAUAGCUGUGUCCCAGAACCAACUCCGCGUGGCCUUCGAUGGGGACGCAGUACUCUUCUCUGACGAGUCCGAGCGCAUUGUCAAGGCCCACGGGCUGGACAGGUUCUUCGAGCAUGAGAAGGCCCACGAGAACAAACCUUUGGCACAGGGCCCCCUAAAAGGCUUUCUGGAAGCCCUGGGUAGACUGCAGAAGAAAUUCUACUCUAAAGGUCUGCGGCUGGAGUGCCCAAUUCGCACUUACUUGGUGACAGCGCGCAGUGCAGCCAGUUCUGGGGCCCGGGCCCUCAAGACCCUGCGGAGCUGGGGCCUGGAGACAGAUGAGGCCUUAUUCCUAGCCGGAGCACCCAAGGGCCCCCUUCUUGAGAAGAUCCGCCCACACAUCUUCUUUGAUGACCAGAUGUUCCAUGUGGCUGGGGCUCAGGAGAUGGGCACAGUGGCUGCCCAUGUGCCUUACGGUGUGGCCCAGACACCCCGACGGGCUGCCGCUGCUGCUGCUGUUGCUAAGCAGACUUUAGGUUCGCAGUAGCUAAGUCACCUUGCUCCAGGCAACCCGUCACACUUCCAGACCUCAUCUGGUGAACUUUCCUGGUUCUUCACUGUCCACGCUCCUGCAUGCCAUCCUCUUCCCUCUGCUCAGGUACUCCAAGGAACUUAGGAAGACUGGGCCAGCAUUCUCGAAGUCCCUGCUAGCCAAACACUGUUGUGAUCCUGGCUGGGAAAGCAGGACUCUGCAGGGUAGCCUGAAUGUCAUGGAGACAUUGGUGGGUAGAGAGUGGUAUAGUCAGAGAAGCCAGAAUGCCAAAGGGCUUGGGAUGAAAACUGUCACAUGUAGUGCAGAGAACAUUGUGUGAGAGAGGGCGGAUUUGGCAUCUAAAGCAGACAGACCUGGUGUAGACUGCGUGACUUAAGUCCCUCUUUUUCUUUUUCUUUUUCUUUCUUUUUUUUUU